UGCAGAUUCAAACUCGCGUGUGGUGUCUGAUCGUGCGACUUUCUGAACAUCUCGAUGUUAUAUUUCAUUUCGGAAUAGAAAGCAGAUGAUUAGACCAGGACCUUACAGAGCAACCAGGCUGUGGAAUGAGACGAUCAGGCUUUUUCGCAAAAACAUGCCUUUGCGCCGACAUUGGGUUCACUUCCGUUGCCAUGACAACAGCUUUACGGCAUCUGAAGCAGUUGAUUGGUUACAUGAGCUGCUGAAGGGCAGUCACAACUUUGGACCCGAGGUCACCCGACAUCAAACUCUGCAGCUGCUAAAAAAAUUCCUGAAAAAUCACGUCAUCGAGGACAUAAAGGGGCGUUUUGGCAAAGAGGACUUUGAAGACAAUGGUCAGGUUUACAGGUUCCCUUCAAUAUCACCUUUUAAGAAGUUGCCACGACAUCCUCCUGCGCAAGACGUUUUUAUUCCAAAGGCCGGGCAUAGCGGAGUGGAGAAAGAGAUGAUGUCACAGAGGAUGCUUCCUUUCAAGCCUCUUGUUUUGAACUCAGAAUCGUGGAAAAAAAGGCACAGCAUCGCAAUUGGAGAGCUCCGCGAGUGCCAGGUGAUGAAGAGGAGAGAAGUCACGAGCAGAGAGAUGGAGCGCAUCUGGAUGUCUGCAACCCUAACGCGCUUACAGACAUUGUUGGGUCUGAAAUCAUUGAAUGGAGUUCUGGACACUGCGUUACUUAGCCCAAACUACAUUGUUUAUAAUGUGCACAAUAUCAACAAACAGGGCAUUGUGGUUCUAAAAGACAAAUCAGAGGAUCUACCCCAGUGGGUUUUGUCUGCUAUGAAAUGCUUAGCAAACUGGCCUGAUGAUGGUCACACUAAGCAAUCCACGUACCCUGGGUUCGAGAGGGACAUCCUGAGGACAGUGGCAGACUACUUUCAGGAACUUGAUGAACCACUUUUAACUUUCCAGUUCUAUGACGUUUUUGUCAGUAUCCUUGGUCUGAUCGAGAAACGUCAGGCCACUAGCGAAGCCCUUCAGCUCUGCUGCCUCCUGCUGCCCCCUGCCCAGCGACGGAAGCUCCAGCUGCUGCUGCACCUCAUGGUUCGCGUGUGUAAAAACUCACGGCUUCCAGCGCUGAACAGCGCCGUCGGCACUCGAAUGCUGAUGGUGCAGACCUUUUCACGCUCCAUUCUUUGUUCAGCUGAUGAGAUUGACCUUGAUGAGUUGCUGGCCACCAAGCUAGUCACUUUUAUGAUGGACAAUUAUGAAGAUGUCUUUAGAGUUCCAAGCCGUUUGCAGAAGGCAGUUGAGGAGCACAUUGCGCAUCUGCGAAGGGUUCAGAUUAAUUACUCAGGUGUUGAGGCCUCCCCUCUGUUGCCGUCCUCCUGUAUGUACGUUUACGAGAAGGAGCUCAGAGAGCAGAAGGCACAUGGUUCACAGGAUCCCUUUCUAGAGCGUCUGGAUGGAAUCAUUGCAGACAAGGAGCUGACAGCCAAGCAAAAGAAGAAAAAGUUAAAGCAGUUCCAGAGGUCUUACCCAGAGAUAUUCAGAAGACGGUUCCCUACAGCAGAAAGGGAAGAGGCAGCGACAGCACCUCUCCUCCGGAGACCUCAGCUGAUGAUCGUCACUCUGAAGAAGCCCUUUCAGAGGAGCUGGAGCUUUAGAGCUUGAUACUUUCUGAAAGGGCUACGCGCAGUAACAGAAGUACGAAUGGAAUCCAGACUAGAAGAGAAUGAAUGUUUACGUAAAUAAGCAGUCUGGUGGUAAUGUUUUUUAAAAAAAUAUACCUCUUGUCCUGAUAGAACUGUAAAUGAAAUUCGAUCAAUUCUGCCAAGUAGAUUAAAUUGAACCCGUAAGUGAUUCAUUUAGUUAACGGUCACCAAGGAUAUUUGUUUUAUUGCUAUGUACAAUGCUAAGCAUAAGUAUCUGGGUAACAGCACAUUUUUUUUGUCUUUCGUUAGGCUCUUCAUUUCAAUACAGGUCAACAUACUAAGGUGCCACACCUUUAAAUUUUGAGUCGGUUUAUGUCAAUAAAGACCUGCCUAGAAAGCAGGACCCUUUGUACGGUGCCCCGAUUUCAAGGCUCCAGAAAAUGGAAAAUCAUAAAAUGAAACAAAAGCCAUCAGUGUUUUGCUGCUGGUCCUUUUCAGGCCCACUGGAGUAUCUGAUCCACAGAGAUCACAAGACAUUUCACAUUUUCCCUGGUGAUGCUCUGCCAGUGAGUUGGUUCCACUGGCAGCUAAGCACCUAUAAGCCAUAACCGAACCUUCACUGUUUGACAGAUGAGCUGCCGUACAUUGGAUCCUGAGCUGUUCCACUUUCUUCUUUCUAUCACUCAUACAUGUUUUUUUUCCCUCAUCUACCAUAGCACUUUGUUCCAGAACUCUGGAGCCAACCAAGUGUAUGUACGAUGCCUGUCAGUGGUCUGUAUCUCAUGGUGAAUCUUAAAACCUUCUCUGUACGGUAGUCUUUGAAACGUGUACAACUACAUCAUAGAUACCUUUUGAUCUGUUCAUCAUUUAAUGAGUUUUUAUUGACCUUUAAAAGUAUUAUUCCAUCAUCCACUACAGUGAUCUUCCUGGGACUGUCAGGUCAUUUACAGUUUCACCAAGUUCACUAAUCUGGCUGCUUCACAAUGUACCAGAAGUUCCAAGGCAGAUCUUGUAAUACUGAUGCCAGCUUGGCACUUUAAUAUCAGCCUUUGAGCCAUUUCGAAAUAUCCCGUCUAAAAUGAUUCCUGUGUGGCGGCUUCCCAAGGGGUCCAGGUUUAGUGCUUCUUGCACCGUUUUUCUUCCUCAUGCCCUGGACUUGCAUCUCUAAUUGGCAGCCCUGCCAUAAAUUCCAGUGCUGUGCAGUUCACCCUGCAGUUGUUGAGACCUGUAGAGAUGCUCAUUCAGUGCUGUGGUAUUUUCAAGAGAACUUCAUGGUAUUUAGCAAUUAUUUUGUGUUUCUCGGUUCUGUCUGUGGAAUCAGACUUAUGACCGUUGUUCUUUUGUGGAACGGUUCAACAUAUGCUGUCGUGAAUUUUGAGACUAUUCCUCUUUACUCAAUUUUCCAAUUUUUGUGACUAAUGCUUGUAAAAUUUGGGCACCAACUCCCUAUAGUCUCUUUGUAACUGGUAGCAGCUUCAUGUUGCUUUUUAAACUCGCAUAUCAAAGUGCUAAUGGUCACCUUUUAGAGCUGACUCAUACUGAUAAUUGGCAUUCAGCCUGUGGGACACCUUUUUAGCUGCAUGUAUAAUUGUGAUAUUGUGAUUGUGGUUAGUUCAAAGUCGGUUUUUCUGUUUUAUCCACACUCUGUGUAUCUAUGCUUUCUGAGUCUGAUAGUUUUAGGUUAAUUUUUCUUUUUUUGGGCUUGUGCCAAGCUGUUUCACACUGGAUAUUCAAUAGUUCUAAUAUGGAAGUUCUACUGUUUGGUAAAUUAUGCAGUUAAACCUUUAAUUCAAACCUUGAAUCCCUAAAUUAAUGUAGAAUUAACACAAAAGGGAGUAUGUGUCUUUCUCACAGACAUUACCGUAACAUAUUCAUUUUUAAAAUGACUUUGAAGACACACUUAAAUUAUACAACUUAAUUGUUUAAACUGUUCAAUUUAGACUCUGCUGUAAUUAAUAAAUUUUUGAUAUAUUUGGUAUAUAUUUCUGUAAAAAGUAAAAGUAUUUCAUCAACCGUUACAGAGAUGAUGAAAAUAACAAAGCUAAGCAAAACCUGAGCAAAAAUAUACUUUUCAUACCAACUAAUGGUUUAUUAUGGGCUAUUUUCAAUGAAGACUUAGAGAUCUGA